CCGACACUUUGAAAAGAGUUUGCUUACGUAUCUUUUCUCUUUUUAUAAUUUGUAAUAUUUAUUUUUCUCCCUUUAAUAAAAAUGUAUUUAAAAAUUAUUUUUUUCAUAUUCGUUUGCACACUUUUCUUACCUGAUAUAAAAUGUAAAAAAGAAGCUCAGACCCUUAGUGAAAGAGUUCAAGAACUAAUGGAAAUGUCUUCGAAGAGAGCAAUUAUUCGAUUCACAGGUGAUAAAUUCAGGCAGUUCAUCAAAGCUACUCCUAGAAAUUAUUCAUUCAUAGUCAUGUUAACAGCCCUUUCUCCACAUCGUCAAUGUGUGGUUUGCAGGCAUGCAUAUGAUGAAUUUCAACUAGUUGCAAAUUCAUGGCGUUAUUCUCAAAUGACUACAAAUAAGUUAUUUUUUGGUAUGGUGGAUUUUGAUGAAGGUCCUGAUGUUUUUAGUUCACUAGGUAUGAAUUCUGCUCCUGUCUUCAUGCAUUUUCCUGAAAAAGGAAAACCAAAGAAAGGUGAUCAAAUGGAUAUCCAGAGGAUUGGUUUUCAAGCAGAAACUAUUGCCAGAUGGAUUGCUGAAAGAACAGAUAUUCAAAUUCGUGUUUUCCGGCCACCCAAUUAUUCAGGCACCAUAGCUUUGGUUAUAUUAUUUGCUCUUAUUGCUGCUCUGUUGUACAUGCGAAGAAAUAAUCUUGAUUUCUUGUACAAUAAAACAUCAUGGGGUUUAGCUGCUUUGUGCAUUAUUUUUGCUAUGACCUCCGGACAAAUGUGGAAUCAUAUUCGUGGCCCUCCGUUUAUGCAUCGUACACCCAGAGGUGGUGUUGGUUAUAUUCAUGGAAGCAGUGGUGGUCAGUUUAUAGUAGAAACAUAUAUUAUAAUUAUAUUGAAUGCAGCAAUUGUUCUUGGUAUGAUAUUGUUGCAGGAAGCAGCUGCUUCUAGAGGAGAUUCAAAAAAAAGAAAAAUCAUGGCUGUAAUUGGUCUUGCUGUGCUUGCCAUAUUUUUUAGCCUUUUGCUGUCUGUAUUUAGAAUGAAAGCACAAGGUUAUCCUUAUAGUUUUCUCUUCAAAUAAAAAAGAAAAAUGUGUUCAUCUUUGAAAGCAGAAGUGCUGUAUUAUCCUAAAAUUGUGUUGUGCUUUAAGGAGUGAAAAUGCCAGCAAUACUCACAACUUUAAUAUUGAAACAAUAUUUAAUUUAAAACUGUUAUAAUCAUUUUUGUUAUCUAAAGUAUUUUUCUUUUAUUUAUUUGUGAAUAAAAUAGAAUGAAUUGUUCUUUGUUGAAUUGCCAACUGUACUGUUGAAUGAAUUAUGAAAUGUAAUAGAAUAUUAUAUUAUUGUUGACAUAUUAGUAUCAUUUUAGUCCAACCAUUAUUUCCUUUCCAAGUGACUUGUUAUAUUCUUAUUUUUAUGUAUUUUUGAGUAUUUGUUAUUUGAAAAAUAAACAGUAAAUAAAGGAUAAAUACGUUUGCAAAUUAUUCAACUAAUUAGAAAACUUACUAUCAUUAACUUACUACAUUUAAUAUGAAAAUGAAAAAAAAUUCCACAUGUAAAUUGAAAUGGCUGUUUUUUUUUAAAAAAAUUCUUGACAUGU